GCCGCCUUUACCCAACCACCACCAUCGCGAAGUCGACGUCAAGCUUAUCUGCCCUUUUCGUUCUCGCCUCCUCCAUCUCUGCAUCUCGAAGCAUCCCCGCGCGACAGUUUCGCCUACCUCCGUCCAGACAGUCGGCGGACGCGUUUCCACCUCUCAAUUGCGACAAAACAAUCCCUCUUCCUCACGACCACAUCAUCACCCGGCAGCCAUGGACGCCUCAGCAUCCGCCGAUCCCAAGACGGCCAUCAUGAACGAGGUGCGCCAGCAGUCCGCCGUCAUAAACGCUCGUCAGUUGAUUGAGAAAAUCAAUGAACACUGUUUUGACCGCUGCGUUCCCAAACCGGGAACGUCCUUCUCGAGCGGCGAGUCGUCGUGCAUCUCGGCCUGCAUGGAGAAGUACAUGAACGCAUGGAACGUGGUCAGCAAGACAUACGUUGGCCGGUUGCAACAGGCGCAGGCCGCUGGCCCCGGUGCGCUCACCUUCUAGACAGAGCCGCUGUUCCGCAUACCAUCAUUUUGGUUAUCACACUCGCUGGAACCCUAGACAGAAUGGAUGGAAGGGGCGUGAAAAGCCGUGUAAGAUGAGGGGAUACGGUCAAUGCUAGGGACUGCAAAGGAUACGCCGGAGCUGACUUUCAUCUCUUCACUCGGUUUUUUCUUGGGUCCAAUCAGGAAUAACAUCUGUGUAUCAUAUAAUCCGAGGCGGUUCCAGGAUGGACAGCAUCAUUUGGCACACUGUAUAAAUAGAAGGAAGAGAAAUAGACGCGAAAGUUACGAUUGCACGCAAACACGGCCGGCGCUUUAGCUCCUAGCGCACGCCGAUAGAGAACCAGACGUACGUGUUGGUAGUUGUACUUGCUUUUGUUCAUUCCUAC